UCUGUCUCUCUUUCUUUGUCUAACUAAUGGCAGCUUCAAGUUUCUCUUUUCCCACUUCAUCUUCUUCAUUCAUGACAACUUCUUUUACUGACCUUCUUGCUUCUGAUGAUUAUCCUAUAAACAAAGGACUUGGUGAUAGAAUUGCAGAGAGAACUGGUUCUGGUGUCCCUAAGUUUAAGUCACUUCCACCUCCUUCACUCCCUUUAUCUCCACCUCCUUUUUCACCUUCAUCUUACUUUGCUAUUCCUCCUGGUUUAAGUCCUACUGAACUCUUGGACUCUCCUGUUCUUUUGUCUUCUUCAAAUAUUCUUAAAUCUCCAACAACAGGGAGCUUUCCAGCCCAGGCCUUUAACUGGAAGAGCAGUUCCAAUCAGGGUGUCAAACAGGAAGACAAAAACUACUCAGAUUUUUCUUUCCAGCCCCAAAAUAACCCUGUCUCUUUGGGGCAGCAAGCAUGGAAUUAUCAAGAGCCAAAAAAGCAGGAUGGUCAUUCAUCUGAUCAAAAUGCUAAUGGAAGAUCUGAAUUCAACACUAUGCAGAGCUUUAUGCAAAACAAUGAUCAGACCAAUAGCGGGAACCAAUACAACCAGAGUACUAUAAGGGAGCAGAAAAGGUCAGAUGAUGGGUACAAUUGGAGGAAAUAUGGGCAGAAACAAGUAAAGGGUAGUGAAAAUCCAAGAAGUUACUACAAGUGUACUUACCCAAAUUGUCCCACCAAGAAAAAGGUUGAGAGGUCUUUAGAUGGCCAGAUUACUGAAAUUGUGUACAAGGGUAAUCACAACCACCCAAAGCCUCAGUCUACCCGAAGAUCGUCGUCAUCCACAGCUUCGUCUGUAAUCCAAUCUUACAAUACACAAACUAAUGAAAUCCCAGAUCAUCAAUCGUAUGGUUCAAAUGGCACAGGACAAAUGGAUUCAGUUGCAACACCUGAGAAUUCUUCUAUUUCAUUUGGGGAUGAUGAACACACUUCUCAAAAGAGUAGGUCAAGAGGAGAUGAUCUUGAUGAAGAGGAACCUGACUCAAAAAGAUGGAAAAGAGAAAGCGAAAGUGAAGGUCUAUCUGCACUAGGAGGGAGUAGGACAGUUAGAGAACCUAGAGUUGUAGUUCAAACUACAAGUGAUAUUGAUAUCCUAGAUGAUGGUUAUAGAUGGAGGAAGUAUGGUCAAAAAGUAGUGAAAGGAAAUCCUAAUCCCAGGAGCUACUACAAAUGCACAAGUCCAGGAUGUCCAGUAAGGAAACAUGUGGAAAGGGCAUCACAAGACAUAAGGUCAGUGAUAACAACCUAUGAAGGGAAGCACAACCAUGAUGUUCCAGCAGCUAGGGGCAGUGGCAACCACUCAAUUAACCGACCAAGCAUUACUAACAACAAUAGUGCCAUGACCAUAAGGCCUUCUGUGACAUCUCAUCAAUCCAACUAUCAAGUUCCAUUGCAAAGUAUAAGGCCACAACAGCCUGAAAUGCGAGCACCCUUUACGCUUGAGAUGUUGCAGAAGCCUAAUAAUUAUGGUUUCUCGGGAUAUGCAAAUUCAGAGGAUUCAUAUGAAAACCAAGUUCAGGCCAAUAAUGUGUUUUCGAGAGCCAAGGACGAGCCUCGAGAUGACAUGUUUAUGGAGACAUUGCUUUGCUGAAAUCUCUUGGUGAAUUGAAGUUUAUGAAAUGAAAAACUUAACCUUUUGGUUUUUUUGCAUAAAGAAUAUGAUAGGCAAGAUGUUGGUUUCAUUUGUUAAUACAUCAUAUACUUUUUAUGUUUUUGUGUGUACAUUUUGUACUAGGAGAUUUGUUUGUUGUAAAUUCAAUGAACUGCAGUGUAGAAGUUCAUGAAAUUUAAUUUCAGUUACCACUGUUAUGGGGGUGUAUUCUUUAGGAUAGGAAUGUAAAGCCCCAAGUCAUGACUAUAUGACACUAAUUCUUUCUUUGUAUCAGAUUUUCAAGUUUUAUAUAUUAAAGAAGAUUGCAUUCUUUCAA